CCUUGAUGCGCUUCAGAUGUACAGAUGCAGAGCUGAUGCUUGGUGAGCAAUCAAGACUUGUGCAGCGCCACCUGCUCAGUUUCAUUCACUUCUUCCUGCCCAAUCAAGCGAGAACGGGGGAAACAGAGGCAGCUGAUGGUUAGUAGAGAAGAACUGUUCCUUGAAAACCCCAGGACCUAUCCUGAGCUUGUCUGAAGAAACCUAGAAGAAGGUUUUUCUUAGCCUUUACGUAUUCCAUACCAAGAAGGCCUAGGCUCUGGAAUUCUGCUGCCAUGGAAAAAUCAAGAUCCCUGAUCCGGCAAGUAAUUGGCCACAAGAUACUCUUUGUUGUCUUCCUACUUUUCCUCACAGAUAUUCUUGUAGAGGUUGUUGCCAUGGCAAAUCUGACCACCACCGUAAAGAUAAGAGAUAAUUUAAAUAUAACUGGCUCACCUUUUCCAGCAUCUUCUCAGAUAACUGAGGAGAGUUUUACGACAUCUGUUAUAAAAGCACCUCCUGAUGCUACCACGCCUGGCACUCUCAACAGAAGUUUGAGCACUCCAGGGCAAUCGGCACUGUCCCUCAAUGCAGCACCUCCAGUCUCCGAACAGGAACUGCGAUCUGCCACGGCCGUGACCACCGUGACCGUCCCAGAAGACACUUCCUCCCCUAUGCGAAAUAAAGGCAUUGCCUCUACCAAAGAAAAACACACUGAGACUGCUGUUCCAGAAUUAACUCAGAUUCCUGAGACUGGCAGUCACUAUAUGUCUGGUCCAACGCCACCAAAUCAAGCUGUUCCAGAAUUAACUCAGAUUCCUGAGAAUGGCAGUCAUUAUAGGUCUAGUCCUUUCACCAUAUUGGUGACACCUAUCAAUGAUACACCUAUAUUUGACUCUUCUGAUAAAAGCCCCUCAGAGAAGAAGAACUCUGUCAUCAUUUUGGCCAUCGUUUUUUCCAUCCUGCUGCUUGUAGGCCUCCUAGUUUUCUUGUACUUCAGGCGCCGCCGUCACUCUGGCUCUACCAGCUUCAAUUCCCCAGAAUGGGCUGGACAAGCGACGUUGCCAGAUGAUACGGGCUUGGAUAAGGACGUGGAGCAACAGGUGGGGUCUGUAGGGGAAGGGGAAACCCGGCGUGGGACUCUUGUGACUUUCUUUGGGAAGCGUCAGUCUAGGGUACCCUCGAUAGCUAUGGAAGAAGUCAGUGGGAAAGGAGGCAAGGAGGAAACAGAGAAGUUGCUUUGUGAAGAGGCUGAGAAUGGGUCCCCUUCGGAGGCAAUUGGAGAUGCCAAUGGCAAAGUACCAGAGCCCCUUAAGGAGUCUUCUCAGGAGUCCCCAGCCUCCAAUAAGGACUAAAUAGGACUUUCUUUGUUUUUCCUUGAAGA